AUGGAAAACAGGGGCAUGGGGAAGGCGGCCUGGGAGGUUCUCCGUCCGCCUCUGACUCCUCCGCAGUCGCCAUGGGGGUAUCUAACUCCAAAAGUCGGCUCCACUCCUCCCACUGCUGCUCCUGGUUGUCCAUCAACUGCCCCCCUGGCUGCUGCGCUCCCUGGGGUGUUCCGGUCACCCCCGGCUGCCCCUCUGCCUGCUACUCUCGCCGGGGUGCUCCGGGCACCCUCGGCUGCCCCCCUGGCUGGUGCGCUCCCUAGGGUGCUCCGGUCACCCCCGGCUGCCCCCCUGGCUGGUGCGCUCCCUGGGGUGCUCCAUUCGCCCCCGGCUGCCCCCCUGGCUGCUGCUCCCUCUGGAGUGCUCCGGUCGCCCCGGGCUGCCCCCCUAGUUGCUGCGCUCCCUGGGGUGCUCCGGUCACCCCCGGCUGCCCCCCUAGCUGCUGCUCUCUCUAAGCUGCUCCCUGCACCCUCGGCUGCCCCCCUACCUGCUGCUCUCCCCAAAGUGCUCCCAGCACCGUCGGCUGCCCUCCUACCUGCUGCUCUCCCCGGGGUGGUCCGGGCACCCUCGGCUGCCCCCCUGCCUGCUGCUCUUCCUCAGGUGCUCCGGGCACCCUCGACUACCCCCCUGCCUGCUGAGCUCCCAGGAGUGUCUCACUCGCCCUCGGCUGCCCCUCCGCCUGCUAUUAGCGACCUUCUGCUGCCCCUGCGCUGGCAGCUCCCGCCGCUCCCCCCCCCGGCAGCUCCUGCCGCUCUCUCACCGACAGCGCUUGCUGCCCUCCUGCCGGCAGCUCCAGCUGCCCUCCUGUUGGCUGCUCCAGCUGCCCUCCUGUUGGCAGCUCCUGCUACUCUUCUCGUGGCAGCUCCUGCUGCCCUCUUGCGUGAAGCCGCGCCUGGUACCCGGAUCGGUCCCGCCGCACCUCUGGCUGUAGCUCGGCCAUUUCCACGUCUACCGCUUGCUGCUCCCUCUCCGGCAGCUACCCUUCCCCCGGCAGCUCCGGCUGCCCCUCCCUUGGCAGCUCCUACUGCUCUCCUCCUGUUGGCUCCUACUGCCCUCCAGCCUGCAGCUGGGCCUGGUUCCCCGAUUGGUCCCACUGCACCUCUGGCUGUAGCUCGGCCAUUUCCACGUCUACCGCUUGCUGAUCCCUCGCCGGCAGCUCUAGCUGCCCUCCUGCCGGCAACUCCUGCUGCCCUCCUGCCGGCACUUCUUGCUGCCCUCCUGCCGGCAACUCCUGCUGCCCCCCUGCCGGCAACUCCUGCUGCCCUCCUGCCGGCAACUCCUGCUGCCCUCCUGCCAGCAACUCCUGCUGCCCCCCUGCCGGCAGCUCCUGCUGCCCUCGUGCCUGCAGCUCCCGCUGCCCUCCCACCACCAGCUCUUGCCCCUCUCCCGCCGGCCGCUCCUGUUGCUCUCCUGCCGGCAGUACCUGCUGCUCUCCUGCCGGCAGUACCCGCUGCCCUCCUGCCUGCAGCCCUUGCUACCAUUUCGCCGGCAGCUCCUGCUCCCCUCCCACCGGCAGCUCCUGCUGCCCUCCCGCCGACAACACCUGCUGCCCCAAUGCUUGUGACUUCCAGGCCUCCCCCGACGGCCGGUUCUGCUGCCCCCCCUCCCGCCACAAGGAUUGGGUCCCCGAUGGACUCCCCUGCUGCACGUCCGCCCGAGCUCUCCGCCUUCGUUCCUGCCUUUGGGCUAGGCAAGGCCUGCGCCGAGCUGUGA